UGCCCGGAAACCAGAGCAGGCUGCCCGGCGCGGAGGAGCAUGACGGCGCCGCUGGCGGGGCUGCUUCGGCUGCAGCGCGGCAGGAGAAGUGCUUCAGGUAAACAGCUUCUGGGAUUGUCCUCCCUGAACAAUGACAUCCUAUUGCAGUCCUGCCGGAACUAUCGAGCAGUGCUGUGCACUGAGCUGACAAAGCCAUUGAUUAUUAGGAACCUCCCAUCCCCUUCUCUGCAGCUCCAUGAGGUCAGGGUUGGCGUCCAUUACUGUGGAGUAAAUUUUGCGGAUAUCUUGGCCUGUAAGGGUCUAUACCAGAAGAAGCAUUGCCUUCCAUUCACUCCUGGAAUGGAGUUUUCAGGGAUGGUGAUGGAGACUGGAGCGAAUGUCAGCACAGUGCAGGAGGGAGACAGGGUAAUUGGUGUGACUGGCACUAGUGCAAUGGCUGAGGAGUGUGUAACUGAUCAGAAGAUACUGUGGCCAAUCCCAGAAGGUGUUUCUUAUGAAGAAGCUGCGGCAUUGCCUGUGUCUUAUGGCACAGCCAUUUUGGCCCUGGAACAUAGAGCACGCAUGCAGCCAGGGGAAACGGUUUUAGUGACAGCAGCUGCUGGGGCCACGGGACUUGCUGCUAUCGAUGUGGCUGCUAAUGUUCUCAAGGCAAAGGUGAUAGCAGCAGCUGGAAGUGAUCACAAAUGCAACCUGGCCCUGCAGAAGGGUGCAGCCCACAGCGUGAAUUACAUCCAAGGGAGCCUAAAGGAGGAGGUGAAGAAGCUUACAGAUAACAGGGGGGUCAAUGUAGUUCUUGACGCUGUUGGAGGGGACAUCUUCAAGGAGGCGUUACAUAGUUUGGCUUGGGAGGGCAGGAUUGUGGUGGUGGGUUUUGCUGGAGGAGCAAUCCCCUCUGUCCCAGCCAACCUGCUGCUUCUGAAGAAUGUGUCUGCCUUGGGAGUGUUCUGGGGUCGAUACCGGGAAGAGGACUUUCCUGUUUUUUCGUCAUCCAUCUCCUCUGCUCUUUGGUACUGCCAAGAAAGACGGAUCCAACCUCAUGUGGGUGCGGUCUUCAACCUGGAAGAGGUGAAUGAAGCCUUUAGCCGUGUAACCCAGCGCAAGUCAACAGGAAAGAUCGUCAUCUCAAUUAAAUAAAUCAGCCUGUUUCCUCAGGACACAGCUCCUGCUGCCAUUGGACUAAUCAGCAGAAUCAUUCUUCUGGCUUAUGGAUGCAGACAGCCAAGUUGCGUCUUCCCUAUGAUUUCUUGCAUGAUUUGUUUACCACCACCAUUAAUGUAGAGGGCUAUGGGCUCCUGCUUAGGGUUAGAUGACAUGAUAGUAUAAAUACUUGUGCCCAUUUCUAGAACUGGUGGAGUUGCACUGACGCUAGACAAACAAUGCAAGGAGUCCUAGGGGAGACAAGCUUUCACUGUGAUGGGAAGAGGGAGAAUAGUUGCAGAGCAGUGCAAUUAAUACAAAAGUAAACCAGACUCUCUUUAAAGGAAUCACCACUGGGAAAUCUCCUUAAAUCUCCAGGUCAGCCAUGAGUUUUUAAUUGCAGUCAGACACUUUGUGUCAUGACUUUCCUGACGUUAUCUUUCCACAUAAGCAAAGUGUUUUUAGCUUCUUGUAAUGCAAUUUAAGAGCUGGAAAUGAGGAGGGGAAUUAGUGCCGUGAGGCCAGUCAGUGCUCCACCCACUCUUUGAGAGGAGUUGCUGUUGGUUGUGAUAUAGCGGCACUUCUGUAUGUAGCCAUUACAAAACAGUCAGCUAGAACCAAGUAACUUAGGGUGAGGGGUAGAGUUGAAAUGAAGAGACAUGUAAAAACAUGAGGUGGGGGUGGGGGCACAGCUUUUGCAACGGUAUAACCAGCCAUUGGUCCAUAUCUCCUGUUGCUCUGCCUUAACCAGUGGCUGGCAUUGCAUCAGAAGAACCAAACAACCCCCCAAUAAUUGCUUUACCCAGCCACUUGCAUGUGGCACAAAAGACUUUAUCCCUGACUCCUGUGUAAGCUCAGCUUGGUCCCAAGAGGUGUAAUUAUACGGAUGGUGACCUUGGUGAGAGUCGCUGCGAACAGGAGAGACUUCAGUCUGAGACACUGUUAACAAACACCAUUGGCUCUCUCGAGUCUGCCUGAAAAGAGCUGGACCCAUCACAUCCUGCUGAACGUGCUCUGGUAGAACUAUUUGAUGUGACAAUACCUAAAUUCCUCCACGCUGCUCUGACUUGCAGUCCAAAUCUGUAUGCCUCAGAACUUCCAUCAGACUGGAGCGCUUUCUAAAUGUACAAUAAGCCUUCUGGUUUUCUUAACAUGACUUUGCUGCGGCUGUGGAGACCAGGCUACCUUGCUCUCGUCUUUGCUGCUGUGGAGCGAUGACCAGCUACCCUGGCUUCUGUCCAGUAAUUUGGAGGAGCCUGUAAAAGUGUUUCACUCCUUAAAACAUGGCUGAUUCCUCAGAUUGCUACCAGCUUCCUGCUGCAGGAGGCUGGUGUCUUGGUUGCUUGUUAGUGUCCUACAUAGUUGUGAACAGUUAGAAAAGUUCUGCAAAUGACAGCUUGUUCAAAUAAGCUUCAGACUAGGUGGUCCUGAUGGUCCCUUCUAAUCUCAGAGUCUGUGAAUCUAAGCUGUAGGACUGGGGGCCACAAACAUAAGAAUGGCCAUACCAAAGGUCCAUCUAGCCCAGGGUCCUGUUUUCUGAUAGUGGCCAAUGCCAGGUGCUUCAGAGUGAAUGAACUGAACAAGUAAACAUCACGUGAUCUAUCCCCUGUCGCCCAUUCCUAGCUUCUGGCAAACAGAGACUAGGGACACCAUCCCUGUCCAUCCUGGCUAAUAGCCAUUGAUGGACCUAUCCUCCAUGAAUUUAAAUAGUUAUUUUUUGAACCCUGAUAUAUUCUUGACCUUCACAACGUCCUCUGGAAAGGAGUUCCACAGGUUGACUGUGUGUUGUGGGAAGAAAUACUUCCUUUUGUCUUAAACGUGCUGCCUUUGGUGUUUGUGUGCAUUCUGCUUACAGCACUUUACAAACAUUCAUUGUUACACCAUCAGUGAGUGGUAGCUAAAUAGGAUCCACUUUAGAGAUGCAGAAACCACAGCCUCAAUGCAGCCAAUCAAGGAAACCCACGCUUAAUUCCAUGUAUCCUCUUAAAGUUAAUGGGACCACUUCAGUUACGCAUCUGCUUAGGUGCUUUUCAGAAUUGGGGCCUGUGUCUGGGUCAGAGCCAGCAUUAGAACAGAGGAGUUCUGUGGACUUGCUCCUGUGGUUGAUGGCGCUGCCUCUUGGGCUGUUGGGUUGUCCUCAGACACAUCACAAUGGCUUCUACGCAGAGGAAGGAGCUAGCUCAGCAGCAGCCAGCUGCUGGGAAGAGAGUUGGCGGCGAUGGCAGCAGUCAGGGCAGCACGGCCUCCUCUCCCCUCUCCCCAGGUCAUUAAUUGGUUCUGAGUCCUUCCAGAAACUGAGAGAGCGGGGCCUUGGGGUUUCAGCAACCCCAAAGGCCAGGCAUGGGGGGCUGUGUGUGUGUGUGUUGGGGGCGUGGGGGUUGGAGUGAACAUCCAUGAUUAUUAGGAUAAAUCAGUGCCCGACUUGAAGCUAGACAAAUUCAGAUUGAGAAUGGCACAUUUUUAGCAGCAACAGGGACUAACGAUCAUUGGAACAAUUUACCAAGGCUGCCGGUAAUUCCCCAUCACUGACAGUUUUUAAAUCAAGAUGAGGUAUUUUUCCGAGAGAGAUGCUAUUGUUCAAACAGGAAGUAUUUCAGGGAAGGUCUAUGGCCUGUGUUAUACCGGAAGCCAGACUAGAAGAUCCCAGUGGUCCCAUCUGACCUUGGAAUCUGUGGCUAUUUUCAGAGACCUUUGCAAAGAAGAAGGACAAACUAUUUUUGAAUGAAAGAUGAGAUUAGCUAUGAUUUCUAAUCCCCUGCCCAUCCAUGGGAGGCUGGGGGAGGGGUGGGGGAAGAAGGGGCUGAAGACUGACUCUGCUUUGUCUCUCUCCUGCAGUUCUUGAUAGGGGACUUAUUGGAUAGGUGGAAGUGAAUUAUUUUGUAUUAAUUCUGAUCAUGUCCAAAACUGAUCAAAAGCUUCUUUAAAAAAUGAUCAUCUUUGCAAGUCUCUUGAUCCUUGGAAAGAAUUAGCGAGGUGUCCCAUACAGGAGAAGUGAAACUAGGGAUUAGGAGAAUGUAUGGGAGUCAUUGAGCGAAGACAGCAGCACCAAGUGCCAGUGUGAGAAAACAAAGUCCAGUGAUCUUGGCACAGGAGGCUGGGUGGAAAAGUCGGUAACUCAACUAGUGUUUCAUCUCUGGAACCCCUGCUUCAAAUUCCACUUAGAUGAAAUGAACUUUUGUCCCCUGCAUCAUUGGGAAUCCUGACUUAAGAGGAGCCCAAGGUUAGCAAUACAGGGCUGCACUGCAGUUCAGAGCUGUGUUGCAUCUAUAGAAGUGUAUGGAGACUCAACACUGGAAUCACAGGGUUCUGCAGAUCAAGAUUGAGUUGUAUAGGAAGGUAUGACUGUGUCUAGCCAGAGCUGUUAGCUUUUUGCUUCCAUUAGCCCCCCAUUCAAAUAAAUCUAGUUCUGUGAUUAAACCUUUAUGGGGCACAACAGUUCUCCCUCUCUUUCCUAUUUCUUCCAAUAGCUGACCAAACACAAUGGGUAUAAGGACUCUUAAUUAACUCUUCAUAAUGACUGUAAAUUUCAUUCUGUACAUGUAUUUAUCACAUGCCUUGAAUCAAAGUAUUGUAAGGAGAGAAUUGAAAAGAAAUUUUUUUCCAGUGUGUGAAUUUGCCAAGAACUGAAUUAGAUUAUUAUUUUACAGUUAGUCCUAAUUGUA